GUCAUACGAGCAAUUGAGUCCGAGGCUUCGUCGAGUAUGGGCCAGUACCAUGACAUGACGCCCGCCCAGCACCAGAGCACACUGCAGAAGAUCGUCGAUAUGUGCAAGCGAUUCCGACGAGCCGUGACCUGUCGUGAGGACGACACCUUCCUCCCACCUCGCAGUUCGGGGCCGGUUCCUGUGACCGGUCCAUCGUCACGACGGUCUGCACCCGCGGCACAGUCAGGUCCACCGCCACCGCCACCGCCACCAGAAACGAUGACGACACCUUCGGGUUCUGCAGUUCGGCCCACGUACGUGCCGCGACCGGCACAUUUGUACUCGGCAGCGCCCGGCUCGUCGCUGUUUCCGUCGAUGGAUCCCUACGGCGCUGGAUCUUCGUCUCUUCGUCGUCCAAUACACGAUUUAGAGUACCGGCAGGUGGGAGGGACAGACGACGAUGAGGAGAUUGAGGAGGUAGACGACCUCGCGCAGAUGGAGUGGGUGAACACGUUCUUCUCUUCUGCACCGACGCAGGAGGUCGUCGGCACUUCACAGCUGGGGGGUGCCCCACUCGUGACGCAGGACUACAGUCAGGUGGAACAGACGCCUGUUCCUGAGCAGGGUCGUCGGUCUACUCGCCAGACCAUCCCGCCGGAGCCACUGACGUACUCACAGCACCACACUAGGGCGGGCCAGGCUGCAGAGCGACGUGGCAGGAGGAGAGGGGGCAAGCGCGGACGCAUCUAGUUUACAGGUUGUAGCUUGUUAAUUAAUUUGUUUCGUCAUACUAUCUU